AUGUCUGACAAGCCUCCCAACCCAGAGGCAACUCUUCCAGUACGAGCACACGACAAUCCAAAUAUCCCUAACUCAGCCGACGGAGCACCUUCGAAGAACGCGUUGAAGAAGGCUCAGAAAGACGCGGAGAAGGCUGCGAAGAAGGCUGCCUCGAAGCAAAAAGAGGAAGAACAAAAAGCUGCUCAGCAAGCAUCUGCCGACGUCGACAAUGCAAAGGACAACUAUGGUCCACUAUCCACGGGCAACGAAGUGGAAAUCACUCAUCUCAAGAACAUUGGGGAGGAGCACGCCGACAAGGUCAUCAAUGUCAUAGUCCGAGUACACAAUAGCAGAGGCCAAUCUGCUAAGCUGGCCUUCCUCAUGCUGCGCCAACAGGGCAGAACCAUUCAAUCAGUUCUCGCUGUAGGUGACGACGUCUCCAAGCAGAUGGUGAAAUGGGCUGUCGGCAUCAGUAUCAAUUCCUUCGUGAGAGUCUCCGCUUUGGUCAAGAAAACCCCUGCCCCCGUCGAAUCAGCUACAAUUAAGGCCUACGAGCUUCACAUCAAGAAGAUCUACCUCAUCUCUCAAGCCCAACAGAUGCUUCCAGUCCAACCCAAGGACAUAGAGCGACCAGCACCAGAAACUGCCGAAGAAGGCCAGACUGAUGCCAGUGGUGCUCCUGUUGUCACCCUGAAGACUCGCCUGGAUAACAGAGUUAUUGACCUGCAGUCUGAGUGCAAUCAGGCUAUAUUCACAAUCUCUAGCGCCGUUGAAGGUCUAUUUGAUGAAUACAUGCGCAAGUCUGGCUCCAGAAAGUUUAACACCUCGAAGCUGGCCGGUGCUGCGACUGAAGGUGGUGCUGGUGUCUUCGAGGUUUCAAAUUAUUUCGGCAAGAAGGCAUAUCUCACCCAAUCUCCUCAAUUCUACAAGCAGAUGCUUAUCGCUGGUGAUUGUGAAAGUGUUUUCGAGGUUGGCCCUGUUUUUAGAGCUGAGAAUAGCAACACCCAUAGACAUUUGACUGAAUUUACCGGCCUUGACUUCGAGAUGGUCUUCGACAACCAUUACCACGAAGUCCUAACCUUUGCAGAAAACCUUAUAGUCUUCGUCGUUACUGAGCUACUAUCCAGGUAUGAACCUGAAAUAGCCGUCAUUCAAAAGUACUUUCCAAAAGCUGGAGACUUCAGGAUUAAAGACAAUAAGGCGUUGAGACUAAAAUACCUCGAAGGUAUUCAGCUGCUGAAGGAUGCUGGCGUCGAUACAACAGAGCAGGACGAAUUCAAAACAGACCUUACCACAGCCAUGGAGAAGCAAUUGGGCAAGAUCAUCAGAGAGAAGUACGACACUGAUUUCUAUGUUUUGGACGAAUUCCCCAUGUCCGUGCGCCCUUUCUAUACAAAAGGCCACCCUUCCGAUCCUAAUUUGAGCAAUUCUUACGACUUUUUCAUGCGUGGUGAGGAGAUCAUGUCUGGUGCACAACGAAUUAACGACGCAGAAGAGCUUGAGGCAAGUAUGAGGGCCAAGGGUGUCGACCCAUCAGCAGAAGGCUUUCAAGACUAUGUUAACGCUUUCCGACAAGGUUGCAGACCUCAUGCCGGUGGUGGUCUCGGCUUAAAUCGAAUUGUCCAGUUCUUCUUAGGUCUGGACAACGUGAGGCAAGCAACGCCCUUCCCUCGUGACCCACAAAGAUUGAGGCCAUAG